UGUGCAUGUGAGCAUUUCCGGUGAUCUAUUGUGGAUGGGUAGUAUUUACAUCUUUACCGAGUAGCGUUCUCAGUAGAUUCGUGCAGAGUCUCACUUUGCGGUUCCCGUGUCCACCUGAAGCAGCAGCAGCAUGUCUCAGGCUCGAGUUACGGAUUUCUUCUCCCAGAGAAAGAAAGGCAUCGCCGGUCCUGUGAAAGCAGCCAAGCAGCAGAGCGGCGCAGUUAUCGGCCGUGGCUCCUCUGGGACCAGCACAAAUGUUGCCAGCACACGGUCAAGAUCCUCGAAAAACAAAGGUGUUGCCAUUUGUUCGUCCUCCGUACAUGAAGAGUUUGUCCGAGUUAUUGACGAAGCAGCGGGGAUACACGACGGAGCGUGUAACACCAGUAGCACCGGGAAAGAGUUCCCCUCUUGUCCCCGGACACCGAAGAGGACUUCGGCCGAGACCGAGUUUGACCUCGGUGCAGCUGUGUUUUCAGCCACCGCCGACCACAGCACGGCCAAGAAGAGACGGCAAGCGGAGGUCGUUGGAGACGCUAAAGCUAAUGUUCCGGAGAAAGCAACGAGGAGGACGGCCAGGAAGAAACUGGUCCUCCCUCAGGACACACCACAGGCUGCAGUCCAGCUCCAGCCCACUGAGGUGACCCAGCAGCCCACAGCUCCUGCAGCCCCAGUUUCUACACACACUGCUGAGAACCAGCCUCACUCCCAAUCCAGCAGCUCUCCACAGAGGAGUCAAGUCACCAAAAAGAACACUGGAGGACGGGCCAACAAGGCGUUGUGUAAAGAGGACAUCGCAGCCCUCAAGGCUCGCCUUCAGAGGAUCAAGAAACACGCAGAGGAGAUAACCAGUGCUGCUUCCUCCGCUUCAGCUUCCUCAACCCCUCCAACUGGUUCAGCUUCCAACAAAUCCACCACCUCUGUCCCCAAAACUGCCACGCCUGCCACCUCUGAUGCUAAGGCCCUCAACUUCAAUAUAGCACAAGUCAAAGAGCUUGCAGCUAAAGCUCAGCGGAGGAAGGAGGAGAGAGAGGCAGAGGAGAGCAAGCCAAGUGAGGCACAAACACAGGACAGUACCGAGCAACCAGCAUACCAGCGGUACCACACCCUCGCCCAGGCGGCCCCCCCUGGCCUCUCCCUGCCUUACCAGUACAAGGUGCUGGCUGAGAUGUUCAGGAGUAUGGACACUGUGGUUGCCAUGCUGUACAACCGCUGUGAGACAGCCACCUUCAGCAAGAUCAAACAGGGAGUUCAGGACAUGAUGCACAAGCGAUUUGAAGAGAGCCAAGUCAGUCAGAUAAAGACGGUGUUUCCUGAGGCCUACAUAUUUAGACAGGAGAAGAACAUCCCAACCUUCAACAGCAGCAUUAAGAAGGGCAGCUACCAGCUCACUGUGGAGCCCGUCAUUCCCUCUGACCAGAAUGAAGCCCGUCCUGCCCUGUCAGCCUCUCGUCUCCUGGAGAGAAGACGCAUCUUUCACCUGAAUCUGGUCUCCGUAGUCAAACAGCACCACAAGGUCUUCCUGUCCUCGUUGGUUCCUCCGGUGUCUAUUCCAGAGGACAAACUGACCCGAUGGCACCCUCGCUUUAAUGUGGACACCGUGCCAGGCGUCUCAUCCAGCUCGCUGCCUCAGCCUCCUCAAACUGAGAAACUGGCCACAGCUCAGGAGGUGCUGGAUAAGGCUCGCUCACUCAUCACACCCAAGAUGGAGAAAGCUCUGGUGUCUCUGGCUCUGAAGACAGAAGAUAAAGCUGCAGAGAAUAAAGAGCCAACAUCUCCAUCAAACCCAGCAGUCCCCCAGACAUCAGCUCCAUCAGCUGCCCCCGCAGCUCCGGUCCCAACUGCCCUGAAAGGAGUGUCCCAGUCCUUACUGGACAGGAUUCGGGCAAAGGAGGUCCAGAAACUCCAGGCAGCCAUGACUCGAAACCCUGCCCAGGAGGACCGCUUGCUGAUGAUGUCACGGCUCCCUGAGCUGGCCAGGAUUCUCCGGAACGUUUUUGUAGCAGAGAAGAAACCGGCUUUAAUAAUGGAAGUGGCCUGUAACAGGACGGUGGCCAGCUACAGAUCUGCUCUCAGCACAGGUGAAAUGGAGAAACAUAUCCGUCUGUUGGCAGAAGUGGCUUCUGAUUGGCUGACUGUUCAUCCAGUCAGGAAGGACUUCUACCUGAAGUUGAACAAGAACAUGGAGCUCAGCAUUGUUCUGGACAAACUGAGCAGCAGACUGCGAGAGGAGGAGAGGCUCUGAGACAUUUCACUGACAGAAUGAUGACUGAGUAAUGUGGCAGCCUCUCACAGUGAAGUGCUCACCUUCCUCAGGCUGUCGCUGUGUGAGCUGCCAGGACACUGAAGGCUAGUUUCUGUGGAGUGCCAUGUUUUUCAGUGAAUAUCACUGGUUUGUGGGCAGUAGGCACGUGUCUUACAUUUUUCGACACAGAGGGGUUUGUUAUUCGCCUUGUGCUCUAGGCUGUGUGAGAGACAUUGUAGCAGACUGAUCUAGGCACAGCUCCAGGACACCGUUACGUCCAAAAAUCAUGGGACCACAUUGGACAGACCAGACCCCGUCCUAGUGUUUCUACUGUCCCAAUGUUGUAAGCUAGUUGUUUUAACCACACUUGGGUUGUAGUGGCUGAUGAUGUGCUUUGUUUUUAUCUCCUCCAUGAAAGUGUCAUAUUGGUUGCUGCUUCCAGUCUUUUUAGGGAUCAGUUUUCCACAGUGUAGAACUGAUGACUGUUUACAUUUUUAAAAGUUACUGUUUGAUGUUUAAGAAAUACAAGCAUUUGUCAGAGUCACACUGCCUCCAAAUUUUCUGUGAAUGCAGUUUAUUAAAUAUAACACUCCGAAAAGCAAAGACAGUGAUUUCAUUAAUUAUCUGACUGCUGGUGGUAAACUUAAUCAGUCAAGAUUAUACUCGAGUAAGGAAAGAGUAAAGGAAGGCGUCAUGUUAGUGAGGGAGGAAACAUUAAUCAAAAGAUGGAAUUUUUUGGAGCGAGCUAUUUUUAAAAAGUGAUUUUAACAAUGGUGUGUCUCAAUGCCUUACCAGUGAAACCAGUCCCAUCAUCAAGACAAAUGAAGGUUCACACGCGGUGGCUGUUUUCUCUGUUUCCAAUUGCAGUACUUUGAGUACUGACUGAAAUGUGUCUGUAGCAUUGGGUAUCACAAUCUACCAAGGUUGGCAUUGAACUUGAUCAGAUUAAGCAAGACUUAAUCACUAAAGAGAACAGACCAAGCCAAAGGAAUGGAAAAUAACAAUUUCUUUGUAGGGUCCUUAAUGGACGGAAAGUGAUGGAACACACCUGCCCAAAGUGGUUACAUAGUAGCCUGUUUUAACGCCUGUGGCGCCCCCAAAUGUUUCUCAUGGGGGUGGCCAGGUGGGGCCACUGAAAAUCUUUGGUUAGGACAAAGUGUGUGACCAUCCAUUGUUUUUCCCUAUGGAAGGAGAUGUUUUGAUUUCUGCUGAAAGCAGUAUCUCCAGUUGUACCAUCACAACUGCUCAGGUGACAAGCAAGCACGCUAGUGAGAGUGUUGACAUCAUAACAGUGCACUGGGUCCUUUGACCCUUGUUGUGGUGUGAUUGGCUCUCCUCGACCAAUAAGAUGGACUGUGAUGUUCAUCAAUAUUCAGUAAAAAUUGCAUCCAGUAAAUUCAAAGAAAAUCAAGAGCACUUUGAAGAUAAACAAGAGGCUGAUCAGAAAAAUCUGAUGCAAGAAGGUCAAUUUCGUGUUCGGAGAUGACAUCCAAAUAAACCCAUUAACCCCACCAACUGAACCCAAAACCCUCAGGCACAGACCUAUAUACCCUGUAUUUCUCUCUUGCUCUCUCUCUCUUAAGUUUUUAACCCAUUGUGUGAAACUAUUGUUUUUGGGGGGGUUUUCAAUUCUCACACACCACAAUGUCAUUUUUUACAUUUCUUUUUACAUUACAGUGCAGCAAAGCCAUCACUCUCUGCACAGGUGACAAGUGCAGGCUGUGUGAUUUCAGUGCAGUGUACAGUGAUAUUACAGUGAUAACACUAAUAACAGUGAUGACAUAUUGAUAGUACAAUUCAACACACAGUGGUUAUGCUUGGAUUUUGGUGCUCUUGAUUACCUUUUAACUUGAUAAAAUGAAUCUAUAUGAUGAUCAAAUAGCCCCUUUCAACUUUGAUUAUUGUUUAAAAACAAAACCUCAGCAUCCUCCAAGGUAAGAGACAUAGGCAGUAAUGAAAUCUGGAUGCCAAGUGGUCAGCUGGAGACACAAUAGACACUGGUUUGAACUGCUGUCUUAGCUGUCCACUUGUGUUUAGAUCACCAAAACGCAUGUUAUUACAUGGUCUAAGCAGGCUCUUAAGUCCCUUUUUACUGCACAAAAAAAUCUGCAAACACCUGCUAACGUCUUGCUUGUAAUGGGAGAGAGUACAAUUGGGAUUCACAUGCAGGUCAAAUCACUCUGCAAUAGUCGUGGGUGUUUAUUGGCUCUGGCUUUCUCUGGCACUAAUUUUAGCCUCUUAACCACAAAAAACGUCCAUCUCCGCCCAAGCAGCGCUUGAACAUCGAUUCAAAUUAGUCUGCUCCGAAUUUGAAAGAGACUGAGUAAGUAAGAGAUAUAUAUAAAGUAACCAUGGUAAAGUUUACACAGUCUUCUGCUGCUUAUUACAGUUUACUAACCUGUUUUUCAGCCUGUCCAUGAACUUGAACAUAACACACCGAAAAAAAAUAGCCAUACACACACAAACUGGCAUACUUGCCUGCUGCAGAGCCGUGAAAAUGGCUCUAGUGUACUGGCAAUGGGAAAGGAGUCUAUAGCCUCUUUUGUUUUUUAGCCGGUUUACCUGAGUUUGAAAAAAAAAACGGUUGGUAGAAAAUGGAUAACUGACACAAAAACAUGGGAAAUAGGGUCCAGUUUUACAAACAUAACUCAUGUAUUGUAAUCAUCAUUUUCUGCUCAAAACCUAAUUUUGAUUAUGAAAUACCAAUUAUACAAUCAGAAUAAAAAAUAAGUCAGUACACUAAUUCUCAUAACUCAGCAAACCCAACUCAAUAUCAAAACACAGCAUGUUUCCUAUCCAAGAGAAGCAUAAGAGUCAAUCAUAGCAUGACUUUCAAAAUACUAACAGUUGAUGGCAUAACAAACUGCACAACUUUUCGUGUUUCAGUUCUACCUGCAUGCAAUAAAAAUAUGAAAUCUGUCUAUCAUUUUUAUAACUGUCACUCAUUUUAGGUUGAAUGUCAAAUGUGUGUAUUUUUUAUAACAUACUGUCUAAAAGGUGAAUGGGUUAUCGUUACUCUCUGGAAUGUACAACCGAAUAAACUGACAGAAUUGCUGCAGUAAAAGCUUUAUUAGCAACAUGACAUUUCUGACAAUGAUCAACAAAAAAAUCCAACAUACAUGGCCUCUGGUUCCAAAUGUGUAAAAAUAAAAAUACACAAUUACAACAGCCACAGAAUGAAAAAACAAACAAAAAGACAAACAGUCACAAUUUCAAACAGUCCUGAUCCAGCUGCUCCUCUGACUGGUCCUCUUUCUCAUCCAGACAUUACUUUAUCUCUGUGUAUCCACAUUAAACAAAAUCAAUUCAAAAGUACCCUUUUACUGUAGAUGUCCAUUUAAGUGAAAGACCUUCAGCACCUGGCUGCAUCUCUGAGUGAAAUCAGCUCCGAUUGGUCUAUUUUACACAAGUGAAAAUCAGUCGUUUCUCAAUACACAUCUCUUUCAGUCUAGCCUCUGAGUGGCUUUGGUAGACAUAGAGGCUUUAAACUACAGUAUACUUAAGGAUUUAACAUUGGGUUUUCAUUUCUGGUAUGUUGUGUGCAAAUACCUGUAAAUAAUAAGAAAGAUCCAUCAUUUUGGUAUUGGGUAAGCUUGUAUGUACAGAAAAGUGAAGCUUUUUAAAAUCGUGUUAACUGACUGCAUAUUCUGUUAAACCACAAAUUCUGUUAAUGGUAUGGUUCACAGACAUGUUGUGCUAACUAUGUUUAGAGUUUUAAAAAUCUGAAUACAGAUUAAACAAAUGGAUGUUUAUGAAUUUAAAAAGCUAUUUGUUUAUUAUUUGUCCUUCAUUUUGGCUUUUAACUGAAUUUUGGUGGUGGG